GAGUGCAGCGCUCUCGGUGAGCCUGGCACCGGGAGUAGCCGUCUCCCCCUCCCCCUGCCGGAGCCGCUAGAAGCCACCUCUCUUCUGUCCUUCCUGGACCAGGGCGAGCAGGGCUGCACUGUCCCAGGCCGGUGGGGCGGAGCCCGGAGCCCCACUGAGCGCUGCAGAGCCAACCUCUCCUCCUGCCCAGGGCGCAAGUGUGAGCCACUGCCCCAUGCUGUGUUGAUGCUGGUCUGCCAUGCUAGCCUGUCUACCCGGGCCAGGUGAUCUGCCCUUUCAGCUUCUUUCUCACACGCAGAUGAACACUGGACUUCAGAAAUGGGACACUACACAGAAAAUGAGAACUGCUCACUAUCCUACCCCAGCCGAAUUGGACGCGUAUGCUAAGAAGGUCGCAAACAACCCACUGACUAUAAAAAUCUUCCCCAACAGUGUGAAGGUUCCUCAGCGGAAACACGUUCGUCGUACUGUGAACGGCCUCGACACAUCAGCCCAGCGCUACAGCCCCUACCCGACUCAGGCUGCCACCAAGGCAGGCCUGCUUGCCAUUGUCAAAGUGCCAGCCAAAAGCAUACUCAAGGACUUUGACGGCACCCGAGCCCGGUUCCUCCCUGAGGCCAUCAUGAACCCCCCAGUGGCACCCUAUGCUACUGUGGCACCCAGCACUUUAGCCCACCCCCAGGCCCAGGCUCUGGCCCGCCAGCAGGCCCUGCAGCAUGCACAGACCCUGGCCCAUGCCCCUCCCCAGACACUGCAACACCCUCAGGGUAUACCACCACCACAGGCACUGUCUCACCCUCAGAGCCUCCAGCAGCCUCAGGGCCUGGGCCACCCUCAGCCAAUAGCCCAAACCCAGGGCUUGGUCCACCCACAGGCCCUGACUCACCAGGGUCUCCAGCAUCCCCCUAAUCCCUUGCUGCAUGGAGGCCGGAAGAUGCCAGACUCAGAUGCCCCCCCAAAUGUGACCGUGUCUACCUCAACUAUCCCCCUUUCAAUGGCGGCCACCCUGCAACACAGCCAGCCCCCGGACCUGAGCAGCAUCGUGCACCAGAUCAACCAGUUUUGCCAGACGAGGGCAGGCAUCAGCACUACCUCAGUGUGUGAGGGCCAGAUCGCCAACCCCAGCCCCAUUAGUCGCAGUCUGCUCAUCAAUGCAAGCACCCGGGUGUCGACCCACAGCGUCCCCACACCAAUGCCUUCAUGUGUGGUCAAUCCCAUGGAGCACACCCACGCGGCCACAGCCGCGCUGCCUGCUGCAGGUCCUGUCAACCUGCCCACAGGCAUCUCUCGAGCCCCUACUGGCUACGCUAGCGACCUCAAGCCAGUUACCUGGAACCAGCACCAGCUGGCCCACCUACAGCAAAUGUGCAGCGAGGCUGGUGGGACACCAGCCCCUGGCCUGACAGGCAAACAUACAGCAGGACGCGAGUUGGCAGGGCCCGGUUUUGUGGGCAAGGCCCCUGCCUACCCGCAGGAACUCUGCCUGGCGCAGUCCUUCCAUCUGAAGCCUUCCCUGGAGAAGCCGACCCCAUCCCCACCUGUCAACGGCCUACCGGCCCCACUGGCCUAUCCCAAUGGUCACUACUUCCAACCCCUGUGGAAUAACAUCCUACCAACUCCCAAUAGCGACAGCUCGGGGUCUCAGGACCUCGCCAUGCCGUUCCAUGCUGGGCAGCCCACAGGUGCACCCCUCGACUGUGCAGCAGCUCCUGGGGCCCACUACCGAGCGGGAACUGGGGGUGGGCCAGUGGCAAGCCAGAACAGCUUGAUGCAAACGGUGGAUUACCUGAGUGGGGAUUUCCAGCAGGCCUGCUUCCGAGAACAGAGCCUGGCCAUGUUGAGCAAGGCCCACCGAGCCCCUGGCACCCGAGCCCCCGAUCCCACAGAUAGUCGAAGUCUUCAUAUUCAGCACCCAGGGUAUAGAUAGGGAGCUGUGAUGCCCUCCUCAGGCAACAGGCCAUACAUCACCCUUCUAGGCUUAGUCUUACUUUGAAGUAACUGGAUAGUUUCAAAGUUUCACUGCUCCAGUGUGAUCAUCCUUAGAUAUCUAAGGAAGGGAACUUGGCAGGGUCCAUUUGGGGGCAGAAAAAGGUUCUUUCUCCUCCCACUAGCUACUACUCCUGGUUUUCUGUUAGAAGCUAACUCUGUCUCAGCACCUGCCUGUCAGUCAGUCUCCACCUUGACCACCUGUUGCUCUUGCCAUCUUUUGCUGAGAUUGAGGUAUGGCUGAGGAAAGUGACCUAGAGCCUUAAGUUAGGCUUCUCUGUCUGGGACUAAGAAGCCAGACUUUCUGAGUGCUCUGGAAUCUAAUUCUUUAGUCCCAUAAAGAUGUCAAAUGAAAAUACACCCAGCUUUCAUCUUCCCCAGCUGCUCGAGGCUUGGUUCUGCAUUUACGCUGCUCCCAAGUCACUGUACUUGGCCUUGCUGAAGCCUUGAGACUCAGAAAACCUUGGCGUUGGCAUCUUAAUUUUUGACUUCCUUUCCAGAGAAAUGCAGUGGCCACCUGGCAUUCCCAAGACGUCGCUGUUGCCUCUCUCCAGACUCAACUGCUGUCCUCAUCCCUGCCUCCCUUCCCCCUUAAGGGAAAAAAAAAAAAAAGCAAAACAAAAACUACCUUACUUGAAGAAUUAGAUAUAGGUAAAGGAUGAUCACAUUAGAGUUUGGAAUUAAAAUCACCAAAAAAAAAAUAUUUAAAAAAGAAGUUAAACUGCAUUUGGUUCUCUACACUGGCUAAGAAUUACGGUCCACACUGUAAGUUUUAAACGUCACGUUUCUGUAUGAAUGUGGUUUGAGGAGCAUUCUGUAUGCGUGGCCCCACAGGUACACCCACUCUUACAUUUUGCAGCCCUUCAGUUUAAUGAAGAACAAAAAGAAAAACACAAAGCCUUAAGCUCUUUGAAUUCUUCCUCUACCAAAUGAUCAUGGUUCUGAGCGCUGCAGAGGGGCUUACAUUGGAAACAGCCCCUCCUGCCCCUUGCCGGUUCUUAGAGCAGCUCCCACCUGUUCCAGGACCAGCGUGUCUCAUUCCCAAGUGACAAUUAGCUGUCUAGAAAUUCACCACUUCUCUGUAACUUUAGGUUGUUUUGUUGUAAAGUUUUGCACCUGUCUUCUGUUGCACAUUGGGCUUUAAAAAUAACAACAAGCCCUUGCCUUUCCUCUUGUCUUUGGGGAAUGUGAGCUGAAGGCCUUGGGUUCGUUUUCACUGUUCCUUAGCCAGAAAUUCUGUAGUGAUCUGAAGCGAUGUGACUGAAGCUCAGCUUUUAAAUUAUGUGUUGGCAAGUUGCCUUAUAUUUAAAAGAAGGAAAAAGAAAAAAAAGGAAAAAACAAUGUCUGAGUGUGUUAUGCCAAAUGAUAGCAACAUGAAGUCCUAAUUUAUUGUUUCCCUGCCAUCUGUGAACACUGGUAUUAUUGCCCUGUCCCCAAGCCCCCAAACCUCUGGUGCAGCCUCCUCACCCAGGGCCCCUCCAUCAGCAGAUUUUCUGUGUCAUAUUUAAUGAGCUCCAAUAUCUCCUGUGAUGUCUUGCAUAACCUCCGCUCCGAUAUUCUUGUAACUCCCCCCUCCCCAGAUUUUAGGAAACUGACUGGACACUAACUUGGGGGCUUUCACACCUCGCUCCCACCUCUAGUCUGCAUGGAAAACACAUUGUGGUUCCCUUUCCCUCUGAACUACUGCCCCAGCUUUGAUGUAAGGUCUUUCCUAGUUUGACCUGAUUAUUCCCCCUCACCCCCCAGCCAGCAAUACGGGUCCAGGCCAGGGCCUCCCCUCCCCUCCACUCCGUGCCACCCGAAGGGAGUACCUGGGUCCCCUCUCCGCUCACCCCACCUGUGGUGGUUAUGGGUGUGGUGCGUUUUUCUUUUUUAAUUAUAAACCAGUAAAACAGAAAACCUCCUCUUGACCUUGUCCUAUUUUAAUGUGGUGAAUGCCUGAGGUGGUUUUUGUCUUGAGGACAGCCUGUGAAGUUCCCCUGAGUAAAAGGGGAAUAGUUUGUUUCUGUGGUGGUGGCAAUAUCCUAUUCAUCCCUCAGAACCGCUCCCCAGUUGAUCAUUCCACACUGAAUCCGUCCUUAGGUUAUACCCGUACAUACGGACAGUUUAGUUAAGCCCUCAGUGGAGGCCCACAGAGCCCUGCCAUACUUCCACUCCAAGGGCCGUUGGUCCUAAGAGGUGGGCAUCUGCUUUGCCAUACAGUCAGUCUCCACCAAAUUACAAACCUCCCAUUUAUUUCUUCUGACAGAGGUGAGAGGGAGUUCUGCUGUAAUCUAAACAAGGAAGCGCCUCACCCUCCUUCACAUUGCUCCAUAGACAAAUGGCAGAAUUCUUUUAUGGGGAUGGGGAGGUCGCACUUACCUGCUUGGUUCUUACUGUUUGGCUUUGCCUACAGUUUGACUUGGUGUGGGGAUCAGGGAAAGCUAAUCAGCAGGUGGGAAAACACAUGGACUUUGGAGUACCUUUCACGUGGUUUGCCUUCGGGCAAAUGUUCUGCAAAGAAAGCCAGGCUGCCCACUGUCAGGUCUAUGAGGCAGGCUGCUCAGGGCAUCCACUUCGCGCCCUGGUGUAGACCCUGGUCUGAACCCCACGACAGCUUUCUGUCAUGCAGUUAGUUGUCUUAGAACGUUUCUGAAAUGCUGGGACAGUACUUUGGCCGUGUCUCUGCUAAAGCCCAAGGUUUCCAGGCUGUGUCUGGCAAGGUGUCAUGAGGGACCACAGGGCCCUAGCUUAGUGAAAAUACUAACCUAGGGGGGAGCUAACCAGCCCUCCUGUCUUCUCUCUUGGCUUCCCUCUGCAGAACAGCCUUACCCUCCUGUCUAGGCCCUAAGACUAACACUCUUCAUUGGCUCCUGUCAUGAUCAGAUUCCAAAACCAGUAGUUGCAAAAUUUAUUUUACCAGUAAGGGCAGAUAACCCAAGUAACUCGGCAAAAGCAUGCCCAGAUUGGAGCUGUAUGCCCCUGGUCAUGAAUCCAGGCAGUGGACAUGUAGUUGAGUAGUUUGGGGGGUUGGGGCAGAUGGACAUAGAAUCCCAUACCCUAUCCCAAGACUAGCUGAAGGGAGUCAAUUUGCUUUUGCUCUUAGUUGACCAGUGAAAUGUAUAUAGUUUGCAGCAACCAUUCCAAACUGUACAAAAAGCAAAUGAGAUUACAGGUAAAAUUCAAGUGCUUGGUCCAGCUCGAAGGCCCUUGUUGUUCCUGGAGUAGACUAACAUUAAGUUCUUUUUUUUUUUUUUUUGGUUUUUCGAGUAACAUUAAGUUCUUAAUGUCAGGCACAUGCAGCCUCAUUAACUCUUCAUGAAGGCCCAUUUAUUCUCAUGGUAAAAGCUGUCUCACUUGACUCUCAAGCACAAGAAAGGCCCCAGAAAGCCAGGCAGCAGUAGUGUGUGCCUUUAAUCCCAGCACUUGGAAGGCAGAGGCAGAUGGGUCUCGUCUACAGGGAAGUUCAGGACAGCUAGGACUACACAGAGAAACCUGGUUUCAACAAAACAAAAAGAUGGGUGUCCUUGGUGGAAGUACUUACACAAAUACAAGAACUUGAGUUUGUAUUCCCAGCACCUAUGUAAAAGAACUGGACACAAGUACUCACACCUCUAACACCCUAGUGCUGGGUCAGUCAAGAUCUUUGGAGCUCAUUGGCCAACUAGUCUUGUGGAAUCAGAGCGCUGGGGCUUUUGAUCCUGACUCAAAGAGGUGGCAAGUAACUGAGUAAGACACUGAUCAUGGACCUUUGGCCUGUACGUGUGUAUACACAUGGUGAAUACUGGGAAAGACACAACACCUGCCUAAGCAGAACGCUUGUCUUUGGUGAGGUAGUGACUAGAAGAAACGCCAGCCUUAGAAGCCGUCCCUGCAUCCACCCAUUGAACCACCAGAGGGCAGCUGCAGGCGGCAUGCCCACAGAACGCUCGGUGCCAAUUCCCAUGUUGUCCACCAGAGGUCCAGCUGCAAACAGCAGC